GCGCUGCAUUGUGGGAAACACGUGUGAGGCCAGGAUGGCGGCGCCCUGCUGGAGGAUUGCUAGUCGACCUCUGUGGCUGAAGAUCUCUGGAUCUGUGAAGAUCUGCGGGUCUGUACGGAAUGUCUCCUGCAGUUCUCCGCAGCUCCGAGCGGCCCAGAAGCUCAGCCCGGCUAAAGCUGCGUCUCCCUGGGUUCUGCACGGAGCUGUGUGUCUGCAGAGGCUGCCGGUCAUCUCUCAGGACAGGAGCCCCAUUGAGGAGCAGUUCAUGGACAUGAUGCAUCAGAUAGAGCUGGAGAAAAGCCUGAUGUCAGACCACGAGCUCCGGCUUCUGGACGAUGCUGAGCGCAUGAGCCGUAAACAGGAGGCUGAUUAUGACUCUGAUGAAGAGGAGGAUUACGGAGGCCAAGAGAUCGUCACAGCACAAGAUCUGGAGGAUGCAUGGGAGCAGAAACUGAAGCAGUUCCAACCUGCGUCAAGGACAGACGCUUCUGACACCACAGAUGUGAGCUCGUCGGAGCGCUGCCUGGGAAACAGCUUGGUGCUACUGGUGAAGCAGGAUGUUGGCAGUCAGAAGCUCUGGCUCCUGCCUCAGCAGCCGUGGGAAGCAGGAGAGACACUGAGGCAGACAGCAGAGCGUGCCCUCACCAGUCUGCCAGGUGCAGAGUUGAAGGGAAGGUUUUUGGGCAAUGCCCCUUGCGGAUUUUACAAAUACAAAUUCCCUAAAAACAUUCAGACGGAGAGCAGCGUGGGAGCUAAAGUGUUUUUCUUCAAAGCAGUGCUGUCCAGCGGCAGCAGCCCCUUGCCGCUCCCGAAGGACUCUUAUGCGUGGGUGAGAAAGGAUGAGCUUCAGGAUUAUCUCAGUCCGGAAUACCUGAAACAGGUCAAGCGCUUCAUCAUGCAUGUGUAAAGCUGGCAGCUUGCCAAAGAACUGGACUCCUCACGGAAAAGUGUUUCAGACUCCUCGCUCCUCACUGUGGGACAAAUCGAAUAAGUGUACCUCAUCUCUCGUGAUUUGGAAUACAAUGUCCCAAUCCAUUUCUCAGCGCUCUCCCUUGUCUUAAUCAGUUCUAGAGCGUGACCAAGCGUGACACAGCUGAUUAAAUAAGUCCUGAGCUGAUUAGUUGAUUGAGUGAAUCAGGUGUGCUGGACAGAGAGUGUCUGAGUUAUAAAGAGGGAGGGAAAUCAGGGCUAGAUUGAAUUCUGUUACAGAAACAAAACUCCUAAUGGAUGAUAUCAGCUGGGCUCAGAUAGCCCUCCUUACCAUCAGAGCCUGAACCUGCUUUAUAUGGAAUAUUAAAGAUAAAACCUGC